AUGAUACCUUUGGACCACACACACACAUUACACCCGCAUCGAAUUGACGCGCAUAUCUACUCUCUCUUUUUACCAGGUUCAGAUUUGUGGUGUUAUGGUGGUGUUAGCCUCCCAUCCCGAAUUUCUGUUCCCACUCCGAUUGUACGAAGAACACCACCAACCAUCCCCCAAAAAGUAGGAGUCGCAAGGAGAGUCUUCCACUGCCCGACAAAAACGGGUCAUGGAGAAUACACAUGUACACAGGCAUAUACUGCAUCAAUCAUACCAACCUUUGUGCUGUCCAACAUUUUGCGUCCUGCAUGA